AUGUCUUCAUUUGGAACGUUAUUCAAAGUUACAACUUACGGGGAAUCACACUGUAAAUCAGUUGGCUGUAUAGUUGAUGGCUGCCCACCAGGUUUAAAACUAACUGAAGAUGAUAUUCAACCACAAUUGACAAGAAGAAGACCAGGACAAAGUAAAUUAUCAACCCCAAGAAAUGAGGCUGAUGCAGUUGAGAUACAGAGUGGGACUGAAAAUGGUGUUAGUUUGGGUAGUCCCAUUGGUAUGAUUGUUCGUAACAAAGAUCAUCGUCCUGGUGAUUAUAGUGAAACUGAUUUAUACCCAAGGCCAAGUCACGCUGAUUACACAUAUAUACAGAAAUAUGGAUUAAAAUCAGGAUCAGGUGGAGGUAGGUCAUCCGCUAGAGAGACUAUUGGAAGAGUUGCCGCUGGUGCCAUUGCUGAAAAGAUUUUAUACGAAGUAAACAAUGUUGAAAUCGUUGCUUUUGUUUCAUCUAUUGGUGAAGUUAGCAUGAACAGAAAUGCUCAAGAUCCAACUUUCCAGAACAUCUUAAACACAAUCACUAGGGAACAAGUUGAUAAUGUUGGCCCAGUAAGAUGCCCUGAUGAUGGGGUACGAGAUGAAAUGGUUAAAGUUAUUGAGAAAUACCGCGAUGCCAAAGAUUCCAUUGGUGGUGUUGUCACUUGUGUCAUUCGUAAUUGUCCAAUUGGAUUAGGUGAACCAUGUUUUGAUAAAUUGGAAGCUAAAUUAGCCCAUGCCAUGUUGAGUUUACCAGCCACCAAAGGUUUCGAAAUUGGAUCUGGAUUCUUGGGUACACAAAUCCCUGGAUCGAAACAUAAUGACCCUUUUAUUCAUGAUGCGGAAAACAAUAGAUUAAGAACCAAGACCAACAACUCCGGUGGUAUUCAGGGUGGUAUCUCCAACGGUGAAAACAUUUAUUUCUCAGUUGCAUUCAAAUCAGCAGCUACAAUCAGUCAAGAGCAAGAGACAGCAACUUAUGAUGGUAAGCAUGGUGUUUUGGCAGCUAGGGGAAGACAUGAUCCUAGUGUUACUCCAAGAGCUGUUCCUAUUGUUGAAGCGAUGGCUGCUCUUGUAUUGUGUGAUGAAUUUAUGAUUCAACAAGCAAGAAGUGCCACUGCUGGGUUAUUGAAGAAGUAA